AUGAUGGAUGACAUUGUUGAGGAAGUAGGGGAAGAAAAUGUUGUUCAAAUUAUAACAGACAAUGUUGUAAACUACAAGUUGGUUGGACAAAUAUUGAUGGAGAAAAGGAAUAAGCUUUAUUGGACAACUUGUGCAGCUCAUUGCAUUGAUCUAAUGUUAGAGGAUUUUAAGAGCAAUAUACCUAUGCAUAAGGAGAUUAUUGCUUCAGGUAAGAAGAUCACAACUUACAUUUAUGCUAGGAUGAGUCUUAUAACUUUGUUGCAUCAUUAUACUGAAGGAGGUGAGUUAAUAAGACCUGGCAUCACUCGCUUGGGUUGCUUGAAUGAUAAGAGGGGACCUUUGUAUAGGAUGUUCACUUCUAAGGAAUGGAAGGAUAGCCGAUUUGCCAAGAUAAAAGAUGGGAAAUUGGUUGAAAAUACAGGUGAUUUUUCAUCACUUAAAGUCUUGCGUAUGGUAGAUUCUAAUGAGAAGCCAUCCAUGGGUUAUAUCUAUGAAGCAAUGGAUCAGGCAAAAGAGGAAAUGCAAACUAGCUACAAUAAUAAGAGAAAAGUUACCAACCUUUAUGGAAAACUAUAUAUAACAGAUGGGACAAACAAUUACAUAGGCCUUUGCAUGUUGCCGGUUAUAAACUUAAUCCAAUGUUGCAUUACAAACCUAUAUUUCAAAGCAGAUAAUGAAGUGAAAAAAAGGAUGUAUGCAUGUUUAGAAAGGAUGAUGGGAGGAAACAUGGAUAUGGUGAAUAAAAUUGAUGGUCAACUUGAGGAUUUUAAGAGUAAAAAAGGGUUCUUUAGGAGUGAAAUAGCUCAACAUGGACAAAAAAACAAGACACCAACUCAAUGGUGGGAAUCUUACGGUGAUGCACACCCAGAGUUGCAAAGCUUUGCUAAUCGUAUGUUAUGUUUGACAUGCAGUUCUUCUGGCUGUGAGAGAAAUUGGAGUGCUUUUGAGAUGCUUAAUAUUUUCUCUGUUGUCGUAUUCCUUGCAGUUGUUGCUCACAAGAAGAACAUAAAAGAAGGCUGCCAGUUUGGCUGUUGCUGCCUCAAAAAAGAGAACUAG